AUGAACAAUGAACAGAGACGCAAGUUGUAUGAUUUAAAUUGUAGAGCUUGGGAUGGAGAGAUCGUUUACCCAUUAAUUAGCCAAAAACUGGAUACCAGUAUAAAAAAGAACACAGGGUUUAUCAAGAAACUUAAAAAAGGCCUCACGAAAGAAAAUAAAAGCUCAUUAUUGAAAGAUAUAGGUGAGAUAUCACUGGAAAAAUAUCUAUCAGAAAUUAUCACCACAAUAAAUGAAGUAACAUCAAAUAUUUCCAAUAAAAAUGAAGAAAUUGUAACAGCAGUAGAAGUAGUUUGUGCUAUGCAUCAAAGGUUCAAUGUUAGGUUUACUGUACCGUUUUUUGAGUUAUUCUUAUCGAAUUUCACUAAUCCGACUGAAGAUUUAUCAGAGAAGGAUGAAAAUUUCAGGAUCAAUAAACUGAAAGGUAAUCUGAAAAUAAUAACAGAAUUAUAUUUAGUGCAUGUUUUUACAUGCAUUGAUAUUGUAGAAUCUAGAGAUAUGAUACCGUUUUACCUCCAGAGAAAAAUCCACAGAAAGGAACCAUUUAUCUUUAGUAUUCUAAAGGAAAUAUUAAACUACAAGUUCAAAAUGGGAUACACCCUUAGUGUCGGUACUAUGUUUAUUAAAAGUUUCACACCAUUCUUUGAUAACGAUGAUUCCUCAUGGGAUUUAUACAUUGUGGAUGAGAACUUCAAAAAUUUGCUUCAGUCGUUAUUUAAAGCGUUCUCAGAGGCUGUAAUCACAAGAAUGACAGAUCUAACGAAAACAGUAAGCAAGUUAAUGAAAGAACAUAAAAAAUGCCAAAUAAGAACAGGGAAGUUAAAUGAUGAAUAUAUUGAAGAAUACGACCUGUUGAUCCCAAUUCUUGAGAAAUUCAAAUUAGCGACAGAGGUUUUUGCCCCGAUUUUUAAUCUAGAGACACCAGAGCUAGCAUCUGAUAAUUUUGAGGAUGAAGAUGAAAAACAGUCUGAAUCUAUGAUUGUUACACAAGUAGUUCCGGCCAGCGAAAGAGUUUGGGAGAGUGAAGAUAUGAGGACAUUCUAUGAAGUGCUACCAAAUUUGGAAAAUGUUGUAAAAAUAUCCGAGAAUGUUGAAGAUAAUACAGGGAGUAAUACAAUCGUACUUAACAAAUUCUUUGAAGAACUCGAGCAGGUUGAAACUAAGGAAGAAGUUGAUGAUCUUUGUGAAAAAUAUUGGAAGAACUCAUUGGAUAACAAGGCGACGAGAAAUAGAUUACUAAAAUUUUUUAUUGAAACUCAAGAUUGGAGUAAAAUAAAUGUUUACGCUAGAUUCUUAGCAUCAAAUACAAAAUUCAUGCCUGAAAUAACAGAAGAAUUUAUUAAAUAUCUGGACAAUGGUUUUCGCCAUCAAUUGCAUACUAAUAAGAUUAACGUUAAGAACAUCAUAUUUUUUUGCCAUAUGAUAAAAUUUAAGCUUGUCCCUACCUUUAUUAUAUUCCACAAAAUCAGAACUUUGAUUAUAAACUUACAGGUACCUAAUAAUAUUGAAAUAUUAACCAUAUUUUUCGAAUAUUCGGGAAAAUUCUUACUAAAUCACCCUGAAUACAAACCUCAUAUGGAAACAAUGGUUCAACUCUUAAAAAAUAAGAUGAAAGAAAAGAAAUUUACAAUGAAUUUUAAAAGUGCGCUCGACAACAUUUUGAGUUUACUUUAUCCACCUACAGUGAAAUCUUUGAAUGAGGCAGAAUCGAAGGAAUCUCCUCAACAACUAUUCUAUCGUGUAUUAAUAAGGAAGGAAUUAGCUAAUUUCGAUGAUAAACAAGUACUAAUUCUUAUCCGAGAAGCUGAUUGGACCGAUAAGGAAACUUAUCAGACAUUAUUUUUGUUAUUUAGCAAACCUGAAAAGAUUAGUUAUCAAAAUAUCCCUAUGUUAACUAAAGUGCUAAGUGGAUUAUACGUCUACCAUCGAAAUUUUGUUAUUGAAGUUAUUGAUCAGGUGCUAGAAAAUAUCGAUGAAGGUCUUGAAGUUGACGAUUUUAGUGAAAACCUGCAGAGAGUUGCUCAAGUGAGAUAUCUAACUGAGAUAUUUAACAUGGAAAUGAUAAAAUCAAACGUUAUUUCCGACGUAAUAUACCAAAUAAUAAGAUAUGGACAUUUCCACAAUACUCCAUCUCCUAAAUACAUCAACCAAUCUGAUUUACCAAGUAAUUAUUUUAGAAUCCAACUUGUUUCCACUAUUUUGUUAAAUAUAAAGAGAUUUCCAAGAAUAUUUACCAAGGAAUUAAGUAAAUUAUUACGCUUUUUUGAAUAUUAUAUAUUCACCAAAUAUCAACCACUACCGAUGGAAACAAAGUUUAAGGUUGAAGAUGUUUUUACUAUAUAUUCAAAAAAGUUAAAAUUCGAUAGGGCUGAUUCUUUGAUCGAAAGUGCUACUAUCUUUCAAUCUCUAAUUCAACCAACUAGAAAGUCAACCAUCAUUAUGAAGAAUAGACCAGAUUUAGAAGUUAAUGCGACAGCAAAAUCAUCAAACAGUAAUAAAUUGGAAGUCAAAGAGGGGAGUGAGAUUGAAGAGGAAGUUAAUGAAGAAGAGGACGAUGAUGACGAUAACGAUGAAGGUUUAUAUUUCGAUGAUGGUAUCGAAGACGACGAAGAAACUAAUGAAAAAAAACUUUCUCACGAGAGAACAAGUUCUGAAUUUUAUUUGGCGGAUGAGAAUGACAAUUAUACUGAUGGCAGCUCAAGUGGAUCGGACGAUAGUGAUAGCGAUGAUUCUUCCGAUUCCGAUUCCGAUUCUGACUCUGACUCUGAUUCUGACAGUAGUAGUGAUGAUGAUGAUGAUGAUGAUGAUGACGAGUUCGAUGAUAUCGAAGCUGACAGAAAUGCAGAAGUUAAGAGAAUAUACAAUGAAUAUGAAACUAAGCUACAAAGUGAAGAAGAAUGUAAAGCUCAAGAAGAAUUAGAGAGGCAAUUCGAGCAGUUGAUGGCUGAUUCUUUGGACGAAAGAAAAAGUGAAAAGAAUGCUACAAGCAAUAUGCCAAUUAUAUCGUCCGUUAAUCAACCAGAAAGAGGCAAAACAACUUUACUAAAAAAGCCUGUCCUACAGACAAAACAACCAUUGGAAAAGGAUAGCAAAAAAGUUGCUUUCACAUUUUUAUCUAAGUCUGGGAAGAAAACUAGUAGCCGUGUUCUAGAACUUCCUGUUGAUGUUAAGUUUGUCAGUGGUGUCCUAGAAGAAGAAGAAAAAAUGAAAACUGAAAGAGAAAAGAUUAAAAAAAUUGUCUUGCAACGUUCUUUCGAUUAG